GCCGCUGCGUAGGUCUGAGGGAGGAGGCACUCUGCCAGUGACGCCGCAGGUCCCGGGGGCUGCCCCGGGGUGGCUGACGCCGUCUGGGGGCGUUCCUGGGAGCCGGGGGCCCUCGAGGUUAGACCCGAAGCCCCGGGAGGAGCCGGCCGGCGGCCACGUGACCAACCGCGGCGGGGCCGGCGGCCCAGAAAUAGCCUCGGCGGCGGUCCCGCCCGCGGGCUGCAGCGAGCGAAAGGCGGAGACUGGAGGCCGCUGGCUGGGCGCGGGCGCGGCGCGGCCCCGUCCCCGGAGGAUGCUGAGCCCCUGCCCGGUCCGGCCCCGAGCACAUGAUGGCGAUACGGGAGCUCAAAGUGUGUCUUCUCGGGGAUACCGGGGUUGGGAAAUCAAGCAUCGUGUGUCGAUUUGUCCAGGAUCACUUUGACCACAACAUCAGCCCGACCAUUGGGGCAUCUUUUAUGACCAAAACCGUGCCUUGUGGAAAUGAGCUUCAUAAGUUCCUCAUCUGGGACACUGCUGGGCAGGAACGGUUUCAUUCACUGGCUCCCAUGUACUAUCGUGGAUCUGCUGCAGCUGUCAUAGUAUAUGAUAUUACCAAACAGGAUUCAUUCCAUACCCUGAAGAAAUGGGUGAAAGAACUGAAGGAGCAUGGUCCAGAAAACAUUGUAAUGGCUAUUGCUGGAAACAAGUGUGAUCUCUCAGAUAUUAGGGAAGUUCCCUUGAAGGAUGCUAAGGAAUAUGCCGAAUCCAUAGGUGCUGUCGUGGUUGAAACAAGUGCAAAAAAUGCUAUUAAUAUUGAAGAGCUCUUUCAAGGAAUCAGUGUUUGACUUCCAAACUGUGGUCUGGCCUGGCUUCCUUCAGGAGAUGGGAACUUGUUUGUCAUCUGCCAGGAGGGUGCACACAUGGGUGCCCCGCUCCAGGUGCCGACGCCCUGUUGGGUCCUCGCAGAACCUCCUCCACCUGGUCACCUGUCGCUGCCCGCCCUGCAGUCCCUCGGUGGCUCAGACUUCAAAUGUGAGAGUCUGUGUCAACUUCCCCUAGGUGUUUGUCAAACGAUGGAAAUUCUAUUCCUGGAAUUUCUUAAACCUUUUUAACCCUCUUUCCCCUCUCCGAGUGUAGGCUUUUGAUAUAUUCUCUCUUAACUAUUGCGAUGGCUCCUUAGCAGAUCUCUGAGGUCUGUCUUUGGCCCACAAGUCUGUCGUUGAGAUGCUGAAUCGCCUAAAGUACAGAUCAGAUUAUGGCAUCUCCUCAAAACUUUCUGUGACGCAACUGCAAAUGCAAUGAAAUUCCGAGUCUAAGACAUGUGCUGAAAUAUCCCUCUCAUUUGGACCUGGCCUCUGUCUCUCCCCAGCAUAGGCUGGGGCCCGCCCCCUCCCGCCUCACCACAUGGUUGCACCGUGGCUCUCCUCCGCCCUGGAAGGCCAUCCCUAUCUGCUCCUCUCUCCUGGCUUCUAGGAGCUUUCUCAUGUCUUCCCCGGGGGAGUAACAGCCCUUCUUCUAAUCUCUGUAGAGUUUGGGGUAGCAGGUUAGCCCGUAAGUUAAAGUCAAACAAUGUUUACCCUAGGUAGUACAUUUUUCACUCAAUACGAUGAGUCUAGAAUUAAAUUGUCAUUUUAAUGCUCUAUACUCAGUUAAUUAGGUAUUACCUCAGAAGAUCAAGAAAGAAGAGAAACUCAAUGGAAUACUACGCAGCCAUCAAAAAAUUGAAAUCUUGCCAUUUGCAACGAUGUGGACGGAGCUAGAGGGUAUUAUGCUGAGCGAAAGAAGUCAAUCAGAGAAAGACAUGUAUCAUAUGAUCUCACUCAUAUGUGGAAUUUAAGAAACAAAACAGAGGAUCAUAGGGGAAGGGAAGGAAAAAUAAAAUAAGAGACUUAUUUUAUUUAUUAUUAAGAGACUCUUAACUCUAGGGAACAAACUGAGGGUUGGUGGAGGGGAGGAGGGUGGGGGGAUGGGGUAACUGGGUGAUGGUCAUUAAGGAAGGCACGUGGUGUAAUUAGCACUGGGUGUUAUACGCAACUGAUGAAUCACUGAACUCUACCUCUGAAACCAAUGAUACACUAUAUGUUAAUUAAUUGAAUUUAAAUAAGAUUUUUAAAAAUUAAAAAAAAAAGAAAGAAGAGAAACUCACAGGCAAGUUUUCCUUGAGUGUUUGGUACAUUGCACACCAGGCCAAAGACUGGAGAGGCCAAGGAAAUCUCUCUUAUCUUUAAGAAGCUUACACAUGGAUUAAGCAGGAUUUAUGGAUUUGUGCCAUGUGACAUCAUUUCAGUCAAUGUAUGGUGUUGACAGGAAAGGCUGGGUGGCCAGGAUGAAGUGUGGGGGUGUGACAUUUUAAUUCUUUUUUGGUUUAAACACUUACUUUCCGGGUUUUGAUUUUGUACCUGGUAUGGAUGGUUUGGAAAAGUCUUGCAGGAAUAGUUUCUUUUACCACUCUCCUGUUUCUUUAUUCAGAGGUCAAGGUAGGGGUGGUGGUCUGCCAGAUCCUAAUAAAGAUAAUGUUAGCAAAAAAUUUUUUUAAGUUAACUUUUUUCAUGUAAACCUUCUUCAAUGGCUUCUUAUUAUACAUGCUGUAAUCCAUUCAUGCCUUUAUCCAUCCAGUCACUAAGUGGUCAUGGAAUGCCACACUCACUUAUGGUGAGGAUGAGCUUGGGUCCUUCCCAGGAAGGUCAGUGUUGUGACCCUGAGCAUCAAAGCCACAAUUCACGUGCCAAGAGAUGUUCAAUGGGAACUGUUGCUUUGCUCUGCCUCACUGUGGGUGCUAUUUAUCCAGCUACACUCUGGAGUCUGCUAACCUGGUUGUCUUUAGCAGGUGGGUAUUGGGAGAGUCAAGGAACCAAGGGCAAAGAGCAAAGUCCUUGCACUAGGAGUGAGGAGCUGGGUCAUGUGCAUUUUUAAAAUUUCUGUAGCAACCUAUAGAUAUUAAAACCAUCAAACUGACAACUCACCUGAAUCUUACCAAAGCAUCUCCAAACAGACUUUUCUAGUAAAUAUUCACACAGGAGAGCUUUAAAUGUUAUACCAGGAGUCUUUCCAAUGACAAAAAUGUUGAUUAAAUAUUAGGACAAAGGGACUGAGUAAAGUCAAUAGUCUACUCUUUCUUGAGCAAAACAUAGAUAUCACUGUGCCUAGAGCUGAUGAGGAAUGAAUGAGGUACAAGGGCGUGAGAUCCCUACCUUAGAUAAAAUACUGAUUGUUCAUGACAAAUCCUCCAUGUGACAGUCAUUUGGAGGUAGAAAAGAAAAGCAUUCACUUGGAAUUUAAAAGAAAAAAAAGUUCUUUCCCAUUAAAAAUGUCCAUUCUUGACUUUUUGGGUAAUCUAGAAAAAUAGAAGGAAUCAUAAGCGAUUUAUCAAUCCACCUUGCCACUCAAAGUGCUUAGAAUGUUUAUUUAAAAAAGAUUUUAUUUUUUUAUGUAAUCUCUACACCCAGUGUGGGACUUGAACCCUGAGAUCAAGAGUCACAUACUCCACCGACUGAGUCAGCCAGGUGCCCCCAAAGCACUUAGGAUGUUUUAGGAGUUUUGCUAGUGUUUGUUAUUAUGACACUGACAAACUAGGUAAAAAAUAAUUUUAUAACAGAUGUUCAAAUGGGAUUUAUGGCUGUAUUUAUUUUACGUGAGCCCACAGCAACAUCUUUCAGAUUUGGGGGAUGUUCUAAAGGAAAGAAGGAUCUGGUGGGUGAACCUAGUAAAACCCAAGGGAAACUGACUCUAACUCUGUGUAAUGACUUGCCCAACUGAUUGUUUUCUGAUCUCUUUAGCAAAAAAUACUUAAAUAGCAGUCACAUCAAUGACAAAAAAAUAGGAUGGAAAUAUGAAAUGUAGAUAACUUUACACUCAGAGCAAUCAGUGCUGAAAUGAAGGCUUCUAUGAAGAUAAGCAUUCUUAUAUUUUAGUGGUGAGCACACAACCAUGCUCUGUUGAUCUGAUUACAAAAUAAUUCUCGGGUCGCCUGGGUGGUUCAGUCGGUUCAGCGUCUGCCUUUGGCUCAGGUCAUUAUCUCAGGGUCCUGGGAUCGAGCCCCACGUCGGGCUCCCUGCUCCGCGGGAGGCCUGCUUCUCCCUCUCCCUCUGCCUGCUGCUCCCCCUGCUUGUGCUCUCUUUCUCUGUCAAAUAAAGAAAUAAAAUCUUAAAAAAAAUAAUUCUUAAUGAAGAGUGACUCUGUGAUGACUGCUUCUCUUUUGAAGCAAUAUUCUCUAUCAGUUAACACGUACGCGAUUAGAACCACAUAAAACUGUAGUUGAAUCCUCCAGUUAAAUCCCUGCAGAGGUGCCUGUUCUCCAGGAGCUGACAUGUCAGUGCAGCAUGAGACCCCUGCAUGAGGGGCACCAUCCUCACCACCCAUCGAGGCCCUCGUCCAGUCUCUGUCCCUCCUCUUUACUUAUGUAAAGUCUUACGAAUACAGAACAUCUCAAAGAUUAAUGCAGCAAACCCAUGUAUUAACAAAUAUUAACAUUUCAUUUCUAAGCAUUGGUGAUAUACAUGCACACACAUAUUUAAUUAAGCAAAAUGAAAUUGAAUUUAACUGACAAAGCUGAAGUCCCUUUUAAUCUUCUUUCCAGACCCAUUUCCCUUCUCCCUUCACCUGCUCAAAGCAAUUAGUAUAGUGAGUGUUGUGGAUAGCCUUUGAGCCAAGUUUUCUCUUUAUUUUGUAUAUUUACACAUAUAAAUACAUAUAUAUGCAUAUGUCUGUAUAUGUAAUAAAUGGUAUUGCUUACAUUUCGGAAUAGAAACCCCAUUUUUUGGCAUGUGUUUUCCUCAUUACAAUAAAAACCCUAAGGAGGUAUCCACAGGGUCUCUUCACCUCUUUAUCCCUGGUGUGUAACCUCAUUUGUAUCCUGUGUAAAUACUCAACAAAAGUUGUUGAACUGAAUAAUAUCUGCCAGUAUAUUACGAAAUAUUAUGAAGUGGUAUUAAUUGGUGUUUUUACUAUGGUGGAUGCACACACAUACACAUACACAUACCCACACACGCAUCUAUGCAUGCACUUGGAUCCCCAGAAGAGUUCAAAUAGCAUUUCUCUGGCCAUGGAGCUCCUUCUUCUAUAGGGGGCUUCCGUAUCUCUUCAGUGUGCUCCCCCCUUCGCAUGCCUAUCUACUUUUCCCCUCCCCUGUCCUGCUCUGGCCCCCUCUGGCCAUCCGAGCCCAUCCCCUGAGGCCCUUGGGAGUCUGCCAAGACUGCCUCCGACCACCGUUGCUACCAAAGGCACCGUGGCAAUGCCAUCCAGCAGAUUUCUUUCUGAGCGCCCACUCUCUGGAGCUCUAGAUGUUCAGAAAAGUCAGUGUGUAACCCACCGGAAGAGGGAAACUCCAUCUCCCUACUCCCUUCUGUUGAUUCCUCAGUUAAGCUGCUUUGUGCAGGGUCCCCUUCCAGCUGUACAGGAUGCCCGGGAGGGGUCUCUCUUCCUGCCUCGCUUCUCCAGAAUGCCGGUUCUUUCUUGCAAAAACAGUCACGAAGUCAGAGCAGACCAAUGCUCUUAGCUCCAUCCUGGCAGGGUGCCAGGGUUUCAGACUCUACAAACAAAACUUUCUUCUGCUCAAACCUAUGCUCUCUUGUCAGACACUGCUGACGCCGUGCUCCAUGCACAGCCUGUUAGCACUCACCUCUCUUCCCAAAUAACCACUUACUACAAACCCCUGCAUUUCUCUCAGGUGGCUGCAGGGACAGGUAGAGCUCGUGCACAGGGCAAGCAGAAGUGCCUGACUUAAUGUCCCUGGAAAGAGCGUUCAAAAGGAAAGAAGGAAGGAUCACUUGAGGUAUGCUCUGUACUCUCCCCCAGCCCCCAGGGGGAGCCACCCUUAAUGCUCAUGGUGAAGCUGGCUUGAUUCCCUCCCCACCACCCCACCAAUGUCUCCAGAGAUCACCUCCCAAAUAAACUACCUGCCCUCAAAUGCUUGUCUUAGAUCUGCUUCUCAUAGUUUAGUUAAAAUGCAUUCUUAUCUAUUCAGUGGUCAAAAAGAACCGUUGACACAAAAAUCAGCAUGGGGGAUCUUAAACGUGUAUUGCUAAGUGAAAGGAGUUAAUCCAAGAAGGCUAUAUAUAAUAGGAUCCCAUUUAUAUGACAUUCUGGAAAAGGCAAGACUAUAGAGACAAAGCAGUGGCUGCCAGGAAUUUGCAGGAGGGUGGGAGUUGACUAGGUGAAGCACAGGACAUUUUUUUAGAGCUGUGAAACUAUUCUGUAUGGUACUGUAGGGAUGAAUAAUAAUACUACCCUUUUGUCAAACCUAUAGGACUCCAUGGCACAGAGUGAAACUUAAUGUAUGCAAACUUGAAAAAAAAUGACCCAGAGGGCAGGGGAUCCCAGAAUGGAAUGCAGAAUGUGACAAAUGAAUAUACCUAUUACAAAUGUAUGGUAUAAUUUCACUAAGUGGCGUGGCGGGGGGCGGGGGGGGGGAACAGAGAGGCUGACCUAAAUAACUUUGGAAAUGACUAGAAAUGAUAAGCCUAAAGACAAAAAGAACUGUACAUAAGCAUUGGGCUCUAGGUGUUGAAGUCGUUAACCAUGGAGGGACAGGUUAAUUAUUCUGAAACCAUUCUACACAUAUAUUGGGAUUGAAUAAACUAGUAAAUGAAUGGCAGCCAGUGGGAACCAAAUUGCUUUUGGAAUAGAAGGUUAUAGACAAGCUUGGGGGAAAUGCUACAAUGAACCACGUGUUAAUGAAUUAAAGUCAAGGACUGAAUUAAAGUCAACUCUCAUAUUUAGCUUAAUAUGGAUACUGACAUAGAAAUAACUAUACAUGUGUGUGUAGGCACAGGUUAGCUACAUCUAUAUGUAGUUCCUAGUUAUGCUCACUUAGUCUAAAGGCAAAGCCACCCAGUAUCAAUGAGCACACCUGGCUCAGAUCUUGUUUUUCUAAAUACCAUUUUCCAAUAAAAGGAAGCAGGGCUCAUUACAGAAAUGGGUGAUUCUAGGGAUAUGGCAGUGAAUCUACAGACUGAGCCUGGAGCAUCUUGUAGUGCCCAAAAGUAAGGAAGUGCUCAACAGACAAAACCACAGGUGUGUAUACAACAAAAGGACACAGGAACCAUCUGAGAGUUCUCAAUGGCCAAAGCUGGAACAAUUUGAGCAACAAAUAAAUUUCAUAGUACUGGAUUAUAAUCCAAGGCAUAAAAUAUUUCCAAUAUUUCCAGGGGCACCUGGGUGGCUCAGUGGGUUAAGCAUCCGACUCUUGAUUUUGGCUCAGGUCAAGAUCUCAGGGCCGUGAGGUCGAGCCCUGUGGCAGGCUCUGCAGUGGGUGUGUAGCCUGCUUAAAAUUCUCCCCACCCCCUGCCCCCUCUCAAAAAAAUAAAAUAAAAAAUAAAAUAAAAUAAAUGUCCAUGAGUCCACACUAAUGUAAAUAAAUGAUUGAAUAAAUAAAUGUAUGGAGGAUGGGAGAGACAGAUCUCUCAAACAGAAAAAUUCCCAAUAGUUUAUGUAGAUACUCCUCCCUCAAGGAGAUGGGGCAUAAUCCCCACCCCUUGAGUAUGGGCUUUACACAGUGACUUCCUUCCAAAGAGUACAUUAAGGAAAGUGGAGAGAGAGUAAUUUUAUAGCAGAGGAACCUGACAAUCACUACCUUGCCAGGCGAUCAAGGUCAAUAUCAUCAGUGAUAAGUCAUGCUGAUAACACUUUGAAAUAUUAUCCCUUGAUAUGCUUAAUUAAUAAUAAAGUGAUUAAAAUGGUACUUUACCAGGGCCCCUGGGUGGCUCAGUUGGUUAAGCGGCUGCCUUCGGCUCAGGUCAUGAUCCCAGGGUCCCGGGAUCAAGCCCCACAUCGGGCUCCCUGCUCGGCAGAGAGCCUGCUUCUCCCUCUCCCUCUGUCUGCCGCUCUGCCUAUUUAUGCUCUCUCUCUCUGUUAAAUAAAUAAAAAUCUUUUAAAAAAAUAAAAUGGUAUUUUACCUCUGUGGUCUUCCUCCCCCAAACACAUAACCCUGGUCUGAGAAAAACACCAGACAAACCCCCAAUUGAGGGACAUUGUCCAAAAUACCUGACCAGUACUCCCCCAAAUCGUCCAAGGUCAUGAAAAAAAAGAAAGUCUGAGAAACUGUCAUAGUCCAGAGGAGCCCAAGGAGACAUGACAACUAAAUGCAAUGUGGGAUCCUGGAACAGAGAAAAAGACACAGGGGAAAGUCAAUGAAAUCUGAAUCAAGUAUAGCCUUUAGUUAAAAUAACAUAUCAGUAUUUGUUUUUAGUUGUGACAAAGGUAAUGUAAGAUGUUAAUAAGGGAAACUUGAUGUGGGGUAUAUGAGAACUCUCUGCACGACCUUUGAAUGUUUCUUGUAGAUAUAAAUCUAUUCUAAAAUUAAAAAUUUACAUAAAACUGCAUUUUCAUGCUGCAACACCGUCUUCCCUCCUAGAAUAAAAAUUAGAAGGUAUACAAGAGGUAAAGACGCAGAGAACUGGGACAUCUGGGUGGUUCAGUCGGUUGAGCGUCUGCCUUUUGCUCAGGUCAUGAUCCCAGGGUCCUGGGAUCAAGCCCCACAUAGGGUUCCCUCCUCAGUGGGGAGCCUGCUUCUCCUCUUCCUUCCUGUUCAUGCUCUGUUGCUGUCUCUGUCACUAUCUCUGUCUGUCUGUCUCUCUCAAAUAAAUAAAAUCUUUGAAAAAAAAAAAAGACACAGAGAACCCUCUCCUGCUUCAGUUUUUACUGUGAUUAGUAAAGAGAACUUGUGAUUAAUAGAGAGAUUCUUUUACUUCCAAAUCUCACAUUGGAAAUAUGAUUUCUAGCAGAGUUCUUACAAAAUAACACAAAAUGUCCUAUUUUGUAUCUUAGACUGUUGUAGUGUUGAUUCAUACUAAAUUUCCCCACUUCCUGUCACCUGUCCAUUAUGAUAAAUAACCAAAAAAGUCUGAAUCUUUAUAGGGAAAAUGUUUUUAUUAGUCUAGAGUAAAUCGGUGGUUACUUUGAUACAUGCAGUAUAUAAAAAAAUUAAGGCUCUGGGGCACUUGGGUGGCUCAGUUGGUUAGGUGUCUAACUCUUGAUUUCAGCUCAGGUCAUGGUCUUAGGGUUGUGAGAUUGAGCCCUGCAUCAGGCUCCGCUGGGUGUGGAGCCUGCUUAAGACUCUCUCCUUUUCCCUUUGCACUUCACUACACUCUCUAAAAAAAAAAAAAAAAAAAAAAAAAAAAAGGAAGGAAGAAAGAAAA